AUCAGUUAACGUUAGAUUAUAUGGAGCGGAAAUGGCAUGAGAUGUUAUUAUGUUUUAUUUAGUUUUAUAGAUAUAUUUAUGUUUUAUAAAUCAAAUCGUUCUUAUAAAUAUCUUGUGGCAUUCUGUUAUUCGUGUUUAUUAAGCAAAGCCGCUUCACAAUGCCUGAGAAAAGCUAGAGAAGCUGCAGUAGCAUGUAGAUCCAUAUGACUGUAUUAAAGUAAAUGCAGCAGUUAAGAUGGAGGAGAAGCAAAAUGAGUAUCAGAGGGAGUGCAUGGAGUCUUAUGAUUCAUAUCAGCACUGGUAUCAUUCAGCACAUCAGCAGGUCCAGCCAGAGCCGGUUCCUCAGUACACCCAGAUGGUUAACACCCCUUAUUACCAUGAGGAUGUCGGAGAAUAUAGCUUCUUGAAUGACUUAUCAUUCCAUAAAGACACAGCUCAUCACAGUCAGCUUCAUGAGCUGCCUGUCCAGCCUCCAGCUCUUCCAGCAACACCUGAAAAAGCAGUGAAGAAGCGUGGAAGACCACCCAAACAGGAAAAAAGCGACCAAACCGAUGCUGAAGUCACUGUGAAAAAACCCAAAAGAACUGUGGACAGAUUUAACGGCAUGUCUGUGGAAGAGGUCAUGGCCAAAAAACUGCCCGACGUCAUCACAUACAAUCUGGACAUUCUGAUAAUCGGCAUCAACCCGGGAUUGUUGUCAGCCUAUAAAGGACGACAUUACCCAAAUCCAGGAAAUCAUUUCUGGAAAUGCCUGUUUUUAUCAGGGCUCACAGAUGAGCAACUAAACUACAUGCACGAUCAGACACUUCCGGAAAAAUACGGCAUCGGUUUCACUAAUAUGGUAGAAAGGACCACACCUGGGAGCAAAGACCUUUCCAACAAAGAGAUUCGCGAAGGAGGCAAACAACUUCUGGAAAAGCUACAGAAAUACAGGCCACGAAUCGCAGCCUUCAAUGGGAAAUGUAUUUAUGAAACAUUCUGUAAAGAGAUCUUCGGAGUGAAAGCCAAGAACCUGGACUUUGGACUGCAGCCCUACAAAGUUCCAGAGACGGAAACGGUUUGUUACCUGAUGCCGUCAUCCAGUCCACGCUGUGCUCAGUUCCCUCGAGCUCAGGACAAAGUUCAUUUCUAUAUUAAGCUGAAGGAACUCCGGGACGAGCUGAAGGGUGUGACACACAACCACGAGAUUGAGGAGACACAGUAUACGUUCGACUUAACCAUGGCCAAAGAGGAUGCCAAAAAAAAGGCCAUCAAAGAAGAGCAGCAUGACCCUGGCUAUGGGGAAAGCUCUUCUAGUGCAACACGACAGACCUGCAGCUUCUACCCUUCUAAUGAACAAGAUGCUGCCCAUGCAGAACAUUUGUCAGAUGUGGGACAGGUUGGGUCUAACCAGUGGACAAUGCAGCAGCCGUUUGCAGACCAGAUCCCAGAUAUCAGUUACUCCAGCAACAACGAGACAUCACAGUAUUUCUGAUGUCUCUAAGGAAGUGCUCUUCUGAACUGAAAGGAAUAUCAAUUCUUUUUCAACAGUUAUUUUUACUUAAAAAAAAAAAAAAAGUUACCUGACUUGCCAGUUAUGUGUUUCUAUUUAUUGUGUUUUGUAGAAAUGUAGGUGUAGAUUAUGUACUCUAAAACCUGUUUGUGUUUUUUUUUUAUCUUGCUUUAUGUCUGUACAACAUGUGUAUGAAGAAAUUAUGUUUUUAACUUGAACAUACAGUACCAGUGAAAAGUGGACACACCUUCUAAAUCAGUGUUUUUUUUU